GUGCAUGGCUAUAACUUUAAAGGAUAGGCUUUUUUUUCUCUUUUUAAUGCCCACUCGGCCACUCCUAAUCUGGAUAUACUUGAGGUGCUCUUAUCCCCGUACCCCCAACCCCACCCCGCACAAAAGAAAACAUGAAAAACAAGGUGGAGAAAAAAACAAAAGAUCUAAUCUAACAAAACCAAGAGAGGAGCUCUUUGUGCGUCUCUUGUACCACUUUCCCCUUUCUCUAAUGUACCCGAAACCCUAGUUUAUCUUUUUACAACUUUUUUAUAAUCUCCGAAUGCGCAUGUAGUAGCAAAUUUUGAUAUAUACUUGUACGUAUUGUUGUGGUUAGCAUAGAAGAAGAUGUAUAGAGAUCGAGGCGGUGGCGGAGGAGGUGGUGGACCCUUAGAUCGGAAACGAAUCAACGAUGCGUUGGAUAAGCACUUAGAGAAGUUGUCACCUUCUACAUCUAGGACUCUGAAGGAUAAAACUGUUCCUUCGACAUCAGCUGGUGGCGGUGCUGGUGCUGGUGGCAAAUCGCAUUUCGAUCAUCGUAAUACCAACAAAAACAAGUGCUCUGAUGAGGAAUCUGAAACAGACAGUGAAGAGUCUGAUGUUAGUGGUUCUGAUGGGGAUGAUACUUCAUGGAUUUCUUGGUUUUGCAACCUGCGUGGUAAUGAGUUCUUCUGUGAAGUUGAUGAUGAUUACAUUCAAGAUGAUUUUAACCUCUGUGGAUUGAGCAGUCAAGUUCCCUACUAUGACUAUGCACUUGACCUCAUCCUUGAUGUUGAAUCCUCCCAUGGUGAUAUGUUCACAGAGGAGCAGAAUGAAUUGGUUGAAUCAGCGGCAGAGAUGUUGUAUGGUUUGAUUCAUGUUCGUUACAUUUUGACUAGCAAGGGAAUAGCUGCAAUGUUGGAGAAGUACAAAAACUACGAUUUUGGAAGAUGCCCCCGAGUUUAUUGCAGUGGACAGCCUUGUCUUCCCGUUGGUCAAUCAGAUAUUCCGCGUGCAAGUACUGUAAAAAUAUACUGUCCGAAGUGUGAAGACAUCUAUUACCCUCGAUCAAAGUACCAAGGCAAUAUUGAUGGAGCAUACUUUGGGACAACAUUUCCUCAUCUCUUCUUGAUGACUUACGGACACCUCAAGCCGCAAAAACCAACACAAAAUUUUAUCCCGAGGGUGUUUGGUUUCAAGAUCCACAAGACUUGACAGUAAAGCCCGUUAUGAUGUUAUGAACAGAUCAAAUUUUCUGCAAGUAACGAUUCCAAGAUCCUCAAGGCUUGACAGUAAAGCCUGUUAUGAUGUUGUAAACAGAUCAAAUUUUCUGCCAAGUAAUGAUUCUCUGUCAGGUAGCUUUGAGGUACACAAUUCUAGUGUUUGAGAUAGGUGAAGCAGAGGAGUUCAUGAAAAUUAUGGAACAUUGUUCUUCAUUGAUGAAAAGCAACUUGGCCAAUCUGUAAGGUGAAAUUGUACUCGAAAUAUCGCCACGAGAGCAUUUGUAAGCUUGUUUCAUUACACCUGUUUAGCCAUGAAA